CAGCAAAAUCUAUUCAAAUUGCAGUCCGAGGGAUAUUGUCCAUAAAACGUUGUUAAACUUAGCCUAUAGGCUAGGAUACAUAAUCACAUAUUUGGAGAUUUGAAGUGGGCUCAUAUGCUUCCAUAACGUAUUGAUGUAAGAAAGAGAAAAUGUGGUAAGGCCAGCCUAUGGCAUUUCUCAUAUCUCGCAGAUAAUUGGUUGUCCUGUUUUGCCAAUGGUUAUAACGCAUAAUAGUUUGAGCAACAAUAGCAAUAGCUUGUCACUAAUAACGACACAAAUAGACGAAUGAAUGUUCAUUUAAUGAAGUUUCAACAUUGUGCAGUGUUCCUACAUGUAUUCAUGUUCCAACACAAGCCUACAUGUAUCCAUCAUGUUCCAACAGAAUAAGUACAUGUUGCAACAAUUCUGGGCACAUGUUGGAUACGUGUAAGUUCAUGUAGGCUGCUUAUAAAAAGGAAAUUAUUCUGAUACAUGUAAGUAAGGCGGGUGGUAUGACGUUCGGUUGGUCGAUCCGUUGGUUGAUCAGAUGGACGGUCGGAAGGUUUUAGGCACGAUUCCCGCGCCAUACGUUUGAGGGUAUAAUCGUUUCACAGUGAAAGGACUGGACAUUGGUGUUUUCAUCUGUAACUGUGUUAUGGAUGACGAUUGUGUUACAGAUGUACCUAGAAUUUAAUGAGUGGUAACCACAGUUAUCUUAGGUCUUGGGUCUUCCCCCAGAUUGAGCUUCAUCGCUUGACUCCUCCUACUGGUUGCUCCUGCCCCACCACGCUCUGUCACGGUUGGUCGUCCACCCCUCGGCUUCACAGCAGAGCUUCUCCCUUCCCUCGCCGGAGCUCUGAGCGUCGGAAUAGAUACAGAACACAGCCAUGGCAGAAAACGCCGGCUUGGAGAACCACCGCAUUAAGAGCUUUAAAAACAAGGGGCGAGAUGUUGAGACAAUGCGAAGACACCGUAAUGAAGUGACAGUAGAAUUGAGAAAGAACAAACGAGAUGAGCACCUGCUGAAGAAGCGCAACGUUCCUCAGGAGGAGAGCCUCGAGGACUCAGACGUCGACUCCGACUUCAAAGGGCAAAAUGUAACACUAGAUGCCAUCCUACAGAACGCAACCAGUGACAAUGCAGUAGUACAGCUCAGUGCAGUGCAGGCCGCCAGAAAAUUACUCUCCAGUGAUAGAAACCCGCCCAUUGAUGACUUGAUCAAAUCUGGAAUCCUCCCCAUUCUAGUAAAAUGCCUGGAAAGGGAUGACAAUCCCUCGUUGCAGUUUGAGGCAGCCUGGGCCCUGACCAACAUCGCAUCCGGCACAUCCGCACAGACCCAGGCCGUGGUCAAGUCCAAUGCAGUUCCCCUGUUUCUGCGGCUGCUCCACUCUCCCCACCAGAACGUGUGUGAACAGGCCGUGUGGGCGCUCGGUAACAUCAUCGGGGAUGGCCCUCAGUGUAGAGAUUACGUCAUCUCUCUGGGCGUGGUCAAGCCGCUGCUGUCCUUCAUCAAUCCCUCGAUUCCCAUCACCUUCCUGCGGAAUGUCACCUGGGUCAUUGUCAACCUGUGCAGGAACAAGGAUCCUCCGCCACCCAUGGAGACCGUCCAGGAGAUCCUGCCAGCCCUUUGUGUCCUAAUAUACCACACUGAUAUAAAUAUCCUGGUGGACACCGUCUGGGCGCUCUCCUACCUGACAGAUGGAGGCAAUGAGCAGAUUCAGAUGGUCAUUGACUCGGGGGUCGUGCCCUUCCUGGUCCCGCUGCUCAGCCACCAGGAGGUCAAAGUUCAGACGGCUGCCCUGAGGGCAGUGGGGAACAUAGUCACGGGGACAGACGAGCAGACACAGGUGGUUCUGAACUGUGACGUCCUCUCACAUUUCCCCAACCUUCUCACACACCCAAAAGAGAAGAUCAACAAGGAGGCGGUGUGGUUCCUCUCCAACAUCACCGCGGGCAACCAGCAGCAGGUCCAGGCAGUGAUCGAUGCCGGGCUCAUCCCCAUGAUCAUUCACCAGCUGGCCAAGGGCGACUUUGGUACACAGAAAGAAGCCGCCUGGGCUAUCAGCAAUCUGACAAUAAGUGGCAGAAAGGACCAGGUGGAGUACCUUGUCCAGCAGAAUGUGAUCCCGCCCUUCUGUAACCUGCUGUCGGUGAAGGACUCGCAGGUGGUACAGGUGGUGUUGGACGGCCUCAAGAACAUCCUCAUCAUGGCUGGAGAUGAGGCCAGCACCAUCACAGACAUAAUCGAGGAGUGUGGAGGUCUGGAGAGGAUUGAACAUCUCCAGCAGCAUGAAAAUGAAGACAUCUACAAACUGGCGUUUGAGAUCAUCGAUCAGUACUUCUCAGGAGACGAUAUCGAUGAAGACCCAAGCCUCAUCCCCGACGCUACUCAGGGAGGAACCUUCAACUUUGACCCCGCCCCUAACCUGCAGACUAAGGAGUUCAAGUUCUAGGUGAGCGCGUGUUUGGGUGGGUGUGGCCUGCUCCUCAUUCCGGCCCCGCCCCCAAGACAUCGCGCCAACACACCAGAUCUACUGGACACAUACACACACAUGCAGACAUACACACACGCACUGAAGGAUCAGCCUCUUCACCACCCAUCCUCUCUGAUGCUUCUGAACGAAGGAACGCAAAAAAAAAAACGAAACAGAAACCGACCACAGACUAAAAAAUGAUCACCACCCGCCUCCUCUGUCACUGCAGUUGCCAAAAAGUUGCUCUUUUUCCUUUUUUUUCCUUCACUGUUCUCUCUCACACAUACAUACACACUCACUCACUCACUCACUCACUCUCUUUCUUUCUUUCUUUCUUUCUUUCUUUCUUUCUUUCUCUCUCUCUCUCUCUCUCUCUCUCUCUCUCUCUUCUCUCUCUCUCUCUCUCUCUCUCUCUCUCUCUCUCUCUCUCUCUCUCUCUCUCUCUCUCUCUCAUGUAGACUGGAGUCAGAGUCAAACAAUGUGCAUGAAAGUUAACACACAGACACACACACAGACACACAAAGAAGAAAUGUGUGAUCAAACCAGGCCUCAUGUUCUUGAGGGAUGGACUUGUGUGAAAUCCUCACUUUGAAGAAGGCAGGGAUUCCCUCCCCUCUCAUCAGACAGUCACCCUCCUCCCUCACCCCCACCCCACCUCAACAUAUGAAACCUCUGUGCACAGUGUCCCAAGAGGCCAGACCCCCAUAAUCCAGCCUUGAGAGGUACAGGCCUACACUUCCCUGAAUUCCUUUGGGGCUCUGCUCUCAGGCUGGGGAAGGAGGUUCCCUCCACACCCCUCUUGGACACCAGAUUUUUUUUUUUUUUGGUCCAAAUCUAAUGGAGUCAUCAUGAAAACUACAAAUGAACCAUGGAUGUUGCGUUCAAAAGGAAAAUAAUGAAAGGAAAAGACAACACACCACACUUGAACAGAGGAGAUCAUUUUCUUUCAAAGCGUUGUCAUCUGUUCUGAUUUUGAACACACAAACAUGAACAUAAACAGCCUGACUCAUGCACACAGGAUGGAAGUGAACUCUGUGAGAUCGACGCCUGGUGGUAGCCCACCCCACCCCACCCCCCCGUCACCUCUCCCUCUGGGGCCAGGGAGCCCCACCCUAACCCCUCACCUGCCCAGAACCACCACACUGCUCCACACCUACCACUGCUGAGUCUGCUGGAGCACCAGGACCCCACCCACCCAGAAACCCUUGCCCCCCACCACCACCACCCUUCCUGUCUGGACCUGCACUGAAAAGAGCCCCUCAGCUGAAGACUGACCCUUCCUCUCACAGACACAUACACACCAUUUGUUUAGUGUC